UCACCGACGUGUGGGCCCCGCCGACCCCAGCGCUGGAGCAGAGCAUAGCGGACGCCCCUUCCCUCUCCCUCACGGCCACCGCUGCUCUGAACUGAAGCUCGCCUGCUCGCCUUCCCCCGCAUCGGGUCCUAGCCCAGAGGCUGGUGGCAAGCCGCCUUUUAAGUCGGCUCAUCAGCGGCCAACGGUGGCGGUGUCCUCCCCGACCCCGCUACUGGCCGGUAUCGGAUUGGCGUGAAGUGGAGAUCCAUCCGGAAAAUUGCCGAAUUGGGAUCGAUCUCUUCUAUUGGUUCAUCUUCUCCUCCAGCGCGCGAGUUCGAUCCACCUGACCCAAGGUGCGGGUGCCGAUGGAGCACGCUAAGUCCGGCCCUUGCAGUUGGCCGGAGAUGGCCGACGUGGUACCAGUGCCGCAGGACGAUGGGCCCAGCCCCGUGGUCCCCAUCGCCUACCGCGACGACUUCCGCGAGGUCAUGGACUACUUCCGCGCCCUCUACCUCGCGGGAGAGCGCAGUCCCCGUGCCCUCCGCCUCACUGCCGAGGCCAUCGAGGUCAACCCCGGCAACUAUACCGUCUGGCAUUUCAGGCGUCUUAUCCUGGAGGCACUAGAUUAUGAUUUACUGCAAGAGAUGAAUUUUGUCGAAAAAAUUGCUGAAUGUAAUCCAAAAAAUUACCAAAUCUGGCAUCAUAAGAGAUGGCUUGCUGAGAAAUUAGGACCUGAUGUUGCGAAUAAAGAGCAUGAAUUCACAAUGAAGAUACUUGCUCUUGAUGCCAAAAAUUACCAUGCUUGGUCUCAUAGGCAGUGGGUUCUUCAAACACUGGGUGGGUGGGAGAGUGAAUUGCAGUACUGCAACCAGCUACUUGAGGAAGAUAUCUUCAAUAAUUCAGCUUGGAAUCAGAGAUAUCUUGUAAUAACAAGCUCACCGCUUCUUGGUGGCCUUAUGGCGAUGCGUGAUUCAGAAGUACAUUACACAAUUGAAGCUAUUCUAGCAAAUCCUCAAAAUGAAAGCCCUUGGAGGUACCUCAAGGGUCUAUACAAGGGCGAGAAUAACUUGCUAGUAGCCGACGAGCGCAUCUCUGAUGUUUGUCUCAAGGUGUUGAAGAAUGAUUGGAGUUGUGUAUUUGCUUUGAGCUUGUUGCUUGAUCUUCUUCGCUCGGGUUUGCAGCCUUCGGAUGAACUUAAAGCCACUCUUGAACCAAUAAGGAACUCCAACCCGGAAAUGGCAGAUGCUGAUCUUGCGACAGCAGUUUGCUGUACCCUGCAGAAAUGUGAUCCCCUCCGGGUAAAUUAUUGGUCUUGGUACAAGACCACCCUUUCUUCUCAGAUCUCCUAACAUUACAUGGGCUCACAGCUUGUUAUCCUCGUUGGACUGGACUCUGUGAGGUAGACAUGAUGCAAAGCCAAACCAAGGCGGACAGAGGGUGUGUAUCUACCUUCACGUUGAUCUGACAGCAACACAUGUACUGGAUUUUGCUUGGCAGAAUUUAUGAAUGUUAUUGUUCCAAAUAACACUUUCGGAAACAAAUGUUACCUCAUACAAGUAAGCUUGAAUACAUUGCAAUUGUCAUGCAAGCCUA